AUGUCAGCCAGGACUUUAGUUUCAGAUACACAUACUACAGAGACUAAGCAAGAAUCGCAUGGUAAGGAUGGCAUAGAAGGGGAUUACCGCCGUCCACAGGACAAUGAACCCCUAGGACCCUCGGGCCCGACAGACAGGCUGGGGCCAUACCGGUGCAAGGAGGCUCCCGACAUCCACGGAACUGGGAGUCCAGGGGAGGCGAGGGAUGAAGCCGAUGGCAGUACUCGAGGCCCAGCGGACCCAGUGCCGAGCUGUUUUAAAGCAGAAGGGAGACCCCCAGCCUCACUGAAACCAGGUGUACAGGGGAUUACCACUGCCCACAUUGGCACUGAACCCCAAUCCCAAGCCAGCGGGAAAUCCGUGCAUGGCUGCCUCAAUCAGGAUUGA